GAGGCGUGACUGAGCGGUGGUUGGCGCGGAUAGACACAGAGAUAGAUAGAGAGGUAGCUGCCGACGGAAGGGAAGGGAAGGGGGUUUCUUUCUCCGCUCGGCGCACGGCGCGUCCUCCUCCUCCGGUCCAGAAUCUCCGGCGUCUGGGCUGCUUAGGCUACCACGAUGGGGAAAUCCCCGGCCAAGUGGAUAAAGUCGGUGCUCCUCGGCAAGAAGUCAUCAAAGUCCAGUUCUGCCAAGGCAAAGGAUUUACUGCCGAAGACUGCAAACGGCAAUGGACACACUGCUGGGAAGGAGCCUGAACUCUCUGGCAAUUCUCCUGUGAUCUCAGAGCCGGUACUCGUCACCAAUGGAAUAUCCAACUUGGCCAACGGGAGCGCAGUCAGAAACAUGGUCCGAAAUGGGUCUGACACGCCAAUUAGUCCCGAGAAACUGAGGGAAGAACUGGCAGCCACCAAGGCACAGGCGGCUUUUCGAGGUUACCUGGCACGCAGGGCAUUCCGCGCGUUAAAAGGUAUCAUAAGACUUCAGGCACUGAUUCGAGGGCAUCUUGUAAGGAGGCAGGCUGUUUCGACACUUCGCGCGACAUGGCUGAUUGUAAAGUUUCAAGCUCAAGUUCGUGGAAGAAAUACUAGACUUUCUAAUGCUGCCAUGCAAUUAUCUGUGAAGUUUGGACGACGUAACUUUGGGGGUGAUAAGUCGUCGGAUGCAUGGAAGGAGAAGCUAGCUUCAAAUGCAUAUGUCCGAAAGCUUUUGUCUUCGUCAACUUCCGUACAAGCUCUUCACUUUCAAUAUGACGAGAUGGACCCCAAUUCAGCCUACAACUGGCUGGAGAGAUGGACAAUAGGCUGCAUCUGGAGACCUGUUUCCAAACCAAAAAUAGUCGCUGAUGGGAAACCACAAGUAAAGAAGGCCAGUUAUGCCAUGGAAACUAAAUCAGCAAAGUUAAAGCGUAAUGUUCGGAAGUUUUCUGCUGCUACAGUUGAGACUCAAACAAAUACUGUUGAACCUGAAAAAUCAAAAAGAAAUCCAAGGAAAUUCUCUGGAUCGCCUGCUGAUUCAGUACCAGAUAGCCAGUUAUCUGAACUUGAGAAGGUUAAAAGGAACCUUAAAAAAGCAACUAACUCCAUGGUUGAGGCCUCUAAGAUAUCUAAUUCAAAGGCUGAUGCCUCGAAGGUACCAAAUUCCAUAACUGACGAGCCAAAGAUAUCUGAUUCCAUGGCUGACUCCUCAAAGAUAUCCAGUGUGGUGAAUGGUAUCUCUGGCCAUCACGACAAUCAAUGUGAGAAACCACUGCAGAGUGCAUGUGAGGCUUCGUUUCCUCCUGAAACUCACGAUCCUCACAGUAGCGAUCUUUUGGAAAAUUCAAAUAUGGAGACACCAUUCUUAACUGAGGAAACAUCUAAUGAACCUAGUAUACUCGCUCAAGCAGAUGAAGUCAUUGAACUGCGAAACCUUGAUAAUGGAGAUGAUACCAUAGAAAAGAAAGAAGAAACUAGGUACAAGGAAGAGCCUCUGUCUAAUGGACAAGUUAGAACUAAGAGGAGGUCUUCAUUCUCUAAUUCAGAAUAUCCAGAGAGUGGAACCAAGAACACUCCAGUUCCACCAAGGAAGCCAAGCUAUAUGGCUCCAACAGAAUCCUUAAAGGCAAAAUUGCGAGGACCACCCAGAUUAGAUUUUGAUCUACCGGUUGACAAGAAUGGCUUCACCCGCCGCCAGUCUCUUCCUUCUGCUCCAAACAGUAAAGGAGUCAAAACGGAAUGGAGACGGUGAAGAGGCUAUCAAACUUCCGCCUGAAGCUUUUCUCCAUCUGAACAGUGCAAUGUUGUGGAUGAUGUCUGCUGCUGUCUAACUCUCUUUGUCCUUGUUGUUCUGUCUAAGUUGUAAAGAUACUCCGUCCGUCCUAUGAACAGUGAGUAUAUUUUUAAUGAUUUAAUGCCUGUGCUGAACUAGCUUGUGGUGAUCUGUCCAGUGCUUUUUCGUUCGACUUUCAUAUGAUUCCCUUGUGCCACGUACCAUGUAAAAUGUACAACUACAGUUAUUUGGCUCAUUUGUGUUGUGACGACGACACAGCAGACUUGCAUUA